CCACUCGAGUAGUAGUGUAAGCUUAUAUGUUUCUACCAGGACAGUUUCUCUGUUCUAAUUGAGAAACUCAUUUAUAUCAUCAGGAAGGGAAAAAAAACCAAAAAAAAAAAAAAAAAAAAAGAAAAAAAAAGAAAAAGAAAAAAAGAACAAAAAAGAAAAAGAGAGAGAGAGAGAGAGAGAGAGAGAGAGAGAGAGAUAUGGGAUACCAUUAUAAUUCCAAUCCAAUGCUUGGAAUGACAAUCUUAUUUCUUCUAGCAUUUUCAAUGUUCAUUUUUCUUGGUGUUGAUUCAGCCACUCUAAGCAGUAUUGCUACUGACAGGGAGGCCUUAAUCUCAUUCAAAUCACAGCUAAGUUUUGAGCUUCCAAAUAAUCCUCUGUCUACUUGGGACAACAACUCCUCCACUUCACCGUGCAACUGGACCGGAGUUCGCUGCAGCAACAAUUCCGGCUCCGGUGAAAGAGUGACCGCUCUUGAUCUUUCUGGUUUGGGACUCGCAGGCUCCAUCGCUCCUCAUAUUGGUAACCUUUCCUUCCUCAAUUCACUUCAACUCCAAAGCAACCGCCUCAGAGGAACACUUCCCAACGAAAUCUGCAACCUUUCCCGCUUGAAAGUUCUCAACUUGAGCUCCAAUAGCAUAGAAGGUUCUCUACCAUCCAACAUAACCAAGUUGAAAAACCUUCAAAUCCUUGAUUUGAUGGAAAAUGAAAUCACAAGCAGACUUCCUGAAGAGCUAGGAUUCUUGAGCAACCUCCAAGUCCUGAAGCUGGGUAAAAACAAUUUUUUUGGUUCAAUUCCUUCAUCCUUAAGUAACCUUUCUUCUCUUACCAACUUGAAUUUGGGUACCAAUGCUCUUAGUGGAAUCCUUCCCAAUGAUUUAGGCCGGCUUCAGAAAUUGAAGGAGCUCGAUAUUACCAUUAACAAUCUUACUGGUAUUUUUCCUCCUCCUAUUUACAAUAUUUCUUCCUUAGUUAAAUUUGCUGUAGCUGCCAAUGAUUUUCGGGGUGAAAUUCCAUAUGAUAUUGGGAUCAAGCUUCCAAAUCUUUUAAUCUUCAACGGCUGCUUCAAUAAAUUCACAGGAAGAAUUCCUGGGUCUUUGCAUAAUCUAACUAGGAUAGAAGUCAUUCGAAUGGCACACAACCUUCUUGAAGGAACUGUGCCACCAGGUUUAGGAAAUCUUCCAUUUCUUAAAAUGUAUAACAUAGGGUUCAAUAAGAUUGUUAGCACCGGUGAAGAUGGUCUUAGUUUCAUUACUUCUUUGACAAAUAGCACACAGCUCAACUUUCUUGCCAUUGAUGGGAAUCAAUUAGAGGGUGUAAUUCCAGAAUCCAUCGGAGAUCUCUCCGAGAAAUUGGCAAAGAUAUACAUGGGAGGUAAUCGGAUUUAUGGAAAAAUACCCUCUUCCAUUGGUAACCUCAAAAACUUGACUUUGCUCAAUCUGACCUCCAAUUCUAUCUCUGGUGAAAUUCCCAACGAAAUAGGCCAAUUGCAGGAGCUGCAGAUGCUGGGUUUAGCGAAAAACAAUCUUUCAGGAGGUAUUCCAAACUCUUUAGGAAAUCUCAGGAGGUUGAACGACAUUGAUUUGUCUGGAAACUCUUUGCUCGGUUUCAUACCCUCUUCCUUUGGAAACUUCCAGAAUCUGCUUUCAUUGGAUUUGUCCAACAAUAAGCUCAAUGGAAGCAUUCCUAAAGAAUCAUUCAAUCUCCAAACAUUGAGCACCAUUUUCAAUCUUUCAAACAACUUUCUAAGUGGACCUCUGCCUCAAGAUAUUCAGCUAGAAAAAGUUGUUACCAUUGACCUUUCCAACAAUCUUUUGUCUGGUCCUAUUCCUAGCUCAAUCAUAAACUGUAAAAGUUUGGAGAGACUAUUCAUGGCCAAAAACAGACUCUCUGGUCCUAUCCCAAACACUAUUUCAGAAGUAAAAGGCCUGGAAAUGCUAGACUUAUCCUCAAACCAGCUUUCUGGCUCCAUUCCUAAAGACCUUGAAGACCUACAUGCUCUUCGAUACUUGAACCUAUCUUUUAAUCAACUGGAAGGAGAAGUUCCGGAAGGUGGUGUAUUCCGAAAUAUCUCUAGUGUCCAUUUGGAAGGGAACAAGAAGCUUUGCUCAAAUCUGAAAUGCAAAAAUAGUACGAAUCCAGGCCAUAGAAACAGAGUGAUCGUAAUUUGUGUAGUUACAGCUAUAAUCGCAACUUUAGCACUAUGCACUCUACUUUUCACUCUGCUCCACUUAAGGAGAAGGAAAGCAACGAUUAAAGAUACUUCUGAAACACAGAAAGGGCAAUUUCAGAUGGUUUCAUAUGAAGAACUCCGAAGGGCAACAGGGAAUUUUACGGAGUCAAAUUUGAUAGGAUAUGGGAGCUUCGGAUCGGUAUACAAAGGACGUCUCAGCGACCAAACUGAAGUCGCAGUAAAGGUCAUAAACACACAAACAACCGGGUCUUGGAAAAGUUUUGUGGCAGAAUGUGAGGCACUGAGGAAUGUUAGACACCGGAAUCUUGUUAGACUGAUCACAUCUUGCUCCAGCAUAGACUUCAAGAACAUGGAUUUUUUGGCUCUUGUUUAUGAGUAUCUAAGUAAUGGGAGCUUGGAGGAUUGGAUCAGGGGAAGGAAAAUGAAAGAAAAUGGAGAAGCACUGAACAUUGUGGACAGAUUGAAUGUGGCCAUUGAUGUUGCUUGUGCGUUGGAUUAUCUGCACCAUGACUGUGAAGUUCCUGUGGUGCACUGCGAUAUCAAACCCAGCAACAUUCUUUUGAAUGAGGAUUUUACUGCAAAGAUUGGAGAUUUUGGGCUCGCCAGGCUACUAAUGGAGAAAAAAGGCACUCAAACUUCGAUUUCCUCAACAAAUUUCUUAAAGGGCUCCAUUGGAUACAUACCUCCUGAGUAUGGUCAAGGAGAGAAACCAUCCACUGCAGGAGAUACAUACAGCUUUGGAAUAAUGUUGUUGGAGCUCUUUACUGGGAAAUGCCCAAUCGAUAAAUGUUUCUCAGGAGAUUUAAACCUUCCCAGAUGGGUUCAAUCGGCUUUCCCGGAAAAUUUCAUGCAGGUGGUAGACUCUAAGCUACUUGUUGGGGAUGUUUGCAAUGAAGAACGUGACGAUGAUGAUGAUGACAAUCUAUAUGUUAGCCCAGAAAUUCGAGUUGAAUAUUGCCUGACCACAGUCAUUGAAAUUGGGCUGUCUUGCACUAGAGAUUCUCCUGAUGGUCGAAUUACCAUCAGGCUUGCUCUUCAAAAACUCAAAAAUGCGAAACACAACUUUCUCAAAAACAGAAAUGGGAAGAAAGUGUAAUGGUUUUAAUAUCACUUGCUUCUUUUAUGAAUUAGCACGUUCUGCUAUUCAAUGUGAUGAGUUUUGUACUUGGAUGGAUGAAGACCCUGCAUGGCUCCUUCCAUUCUUACUUGAUGUUUCUGGUUUAGUGAACUAAACGUUUCUUGUCAAAAUAAAUAAAUGAAUAAAUAAAAUGGGCAGUUUGCUCU